UGUCUUCACGUGCACGAAUUUAAACCAACUUUGCACGCUUAUGUGCUGACGUCACAUCAACGGGUACCGGUAAGGCUGAAGUUCACAAGCCUUUCAACUGUCAUUGUUGCUAGCUGCUGCUGUGUAAAAAAAAGACGUGAAAACUUUAAAAAAACAUUGUUAGAGGUAAAAGCUAAGCGUAGAUACAAAUAGACGAAUAAAAGUCGAGUCGUAUGUAAGCAAACAACCGGUUGCAGCUUAGCGUGCAAAGUCACCCUUUCAGACCCGGUGACAGCUUCACGCUCCGCCCAGCAGUUGGAAGCGAGAGGAGGGAGGAUGUCGGAAUGACAAACUGCUGAUAGUGUGGAGUCAGACUGUACUCUGUGUUGUGUGCUCUGCUGCUCCACGUAGUUGAUCGUAUGUGGGUUUCACAUCGUUGAUGUGACCGUGUUUUGUUCAUUUAUGCUCGCGUGUCGUUCUACGGAACAGUUUAAUCGAUAGUGUUGGACAGUUUGUCGGGACAUUUACAGCGUAACUAACGGUUCAGGGACACAGACGCUUCGUGUCUUGUUUUUAAAGCCAUUAAACAUUCAAUGGGAAGACGACUAACUCUAAUUUUUGCUUUGUGGGUUUUUUAAAGUUUAUACUAACUGUGCCGAACUCAAGGUAGGUUAGUUGAUUUGAUUAGUUGUUAAACACUUCAUUCUACGAAGAGAGAAGCUUGUCACUGAACUUAUGUGAUGACUACAGGCUGUGGGCAAGAUUGAACUUCUUCAACCUUCAUCACCUCGCUGUCUUUUUUUUAACAGAAAGUGAAAGAUUAUCUUCAGUUUCUCAACAAGUAAUUUACAAGACAGCAAGUGGACUAUUUGGUGACACAACGCAGAGGCCAUGAACACGCUUUUAGCUGCAUAGUUCAGUUCUAAACAUUUCCAAACUUCUCCAUGCCUUUGUUGGCAUCUAAUGGAAGAAAAAGCAUCCAUUGGGCCUGCCAUGGUUUCCAGAUUACCCAAGUUUGGUGGGCGCCCCUCGACUAGUGGCACCAGCCCCCUGUGCAAUGGCUCAACACAGCCUGCCACACCUACCCAGGAUGGCAAGACCGCUACCCCAGGACCACGCCCAAAUGGUUUGAUCCGCCCCUCUCCAUUUUCACUGAAAUGGAAGAGAGAAGAAGGGAUAACUUCUUCUAGCCCCACAAUCCACAAUAGUCCUGGAGACGGAAAUGGAGACAAGGCUCAGUCACAGCCUCCCUCAUUAGCUAAGGAGGUAAAGAAUAGCUCUCCAGCAACGCCAAAGAUGCGCCGGUCAGGUACUCUGAUGGUGGCUGUCUCCAGCCCCAAAGCCAUACCCAAACAAUCCUCAAAGAUGAGUCCCAGAGUAGGGGCCAAGUUAGGUCAAAGCCCACUGAAUGGAGUUUCUAAGAUGGGCCUUAAUGGCCCCAGCAUUCCUGCUCGGACAGUGUCUGAGUCACGCCUUGUGCGACCAAUGCUGGGUUCCACUUCUCCUCGAAGCAUCUCUCAAGACAGCCUAUCCCAGUCCAAUGAGAGUUUGAAGAUCAUGACAAUAGAUAACAUGGUGCGUUCGAACAGCUUCACUCACUUCAAGCAGAUUCCCUCACCCACUGGUGAGCCUAUCACACGGUCUUUCUCUUUUAACCGUGCUGUGGAGCUUGCUAAACCUUUGGCCAACACCCAGCUCCGGCCCCCUAGGAGUAGUUUUCUCAAACCUCCACAGCUGAGCAAUGGAAGAGUUGGUUUGGGACUAAAUGGCAGCCUUGGAGGUUCAGGUUGUCUAAGGGUAGGGGUAGGCCAUCAAUACAGCAAAGCCCCUGCAGUGGCUUCCUCUCUGCCAAACCCCUCAGUCUCUCCAGCACCAGGUACUCCCCGGGCUCUGAAGAAGCCUCUGCUUCCCAAUUCUGUACUGAACAAGUCACUGGCUAGCACUGGGGGAUCUUUAGGUUACAGACUGGCUCAGUCAGGACAAGCCAAACAGCAAAUACCUCUUUUUCCAGACCAAGUCAAGCAGGAUGUCAGAUCUUCAGCUGCCCCUGAAUAUGAAGGGCUAUUAGGGAUAGCAGUGGACAGUGAACUGACUGAAGAUGCUGGAAAAGAAUGCACUUACUGUGACAGCGAUGAAAUCUCUAGGAAUGGAGUGGAAAUUGGUGGAGAAAGUGGUGUGCAGAACUGUGGCCAGACAGCAGGCGAGACCCUAGAGGACAUGUCUUUAUCUUCUGCCUCGUCACUAGACAGAGGGGACACCAGUGAGGAGUUUCUAGAUGACUUUGACAGUGUGGGAGAUGUGCUCAGUGAUGGCGACGUGCCUGAUAACAGAAAAUCUGACAGCUCUACCGAAACCCCCUUACACAACGUUGUCAAUGAGGCCGUUGACUGGGAAUCUGUGAAUCUAGCUGAACAUAAAGAAGAAAGCCCUAUGCAGGACUCCCAGGAAUCCUUGGUGUUGUCUCCAGAGCAGGGUGAUGUCCCCCAGACAUCGUCUGUGGAACUAUCACCCUCCAACAGCUCUGGUGGAACCUACAUGUGGGAUGAAGAGGGUCUUGAACCUAUUGGAAGGCAUGGAACUAACCCAUUAGACAGCUAUGAUGACUCAGAAUUCAAUAGCAUGGAUAUCCUAAACAACUUGGACCCUCCAGGAACUGAAGAUUUGGAUGAUGAUGACCUCAUGCUGGAUGUGGACCUCUCAGAGGAUGGCUUUCACGACUUUAACAGAAUGUCCCAUAAUGAGCUCCCGGAGCGGGCCAGUCGUCAGGGACAGCGGCGUAAACACCACCGCUAUAGUGGACCAGACCACUUCUACAACAAUAGCAGGGCUCAUAUCUUCCAGCAUUAUGGUGGACUGAAUGCCUCCAGGAUCUCAUCAGGGCCUGUCCAAUCUGAAGGCAGGCAGCAUGACCUCACACCAGUGCUGGAUGAAGUUGCACUCGAACACAUGACCCAGGACUGCACCUUACUCAAGAAUCAGCUGCUCAGACUUAAGACAUUACUACAGCUUGAGGAAACAGACUCUACAACAGAUGUUUCUGAGGAGACUGAAGACAGUACCACAGCAUCACAAUUGGAUGUCCUGCUUAAAGAAGUGCAGAUGCUUAGAGAAGAGCUGAGGAGCAGAGACAAGACCAUUGCUCAUCUCACAUCACAGUGUCAACAGCUACAACAACAGCAUCAGCAAGAACAAAAGCCAUAUCAAGGGCAACAGGUCAGGUAUCAGAGCCAACACCAGAGGGCUCCCUCUUCAUUAAGACAGAGUGAUAGGCAGAUGGACAAACGGACGCAGCACCACUAUGACAAGGCUACCCAGACAUACUGGAAACCACCAAGCCAUUCUCCUCAAAUACUACAGCCUUUCAACCUUUGUCUCAGCGAACACCUCCACCAGGGAAGGCUUGUAAAAACUCUCCCCAUCGAGGGCCCCAGUGAGGUCACAAUGAGUAGAUCUGAGGAAGCAACUCACGCAACUGAUGACCGUCCUCUUGAAGCUCUUGUGGCAGAUGUGUCGGGGGUAGAAGGCUCUGACAAGCUGAGUCAUCUACCCAGCACCAACCUGCACUGCCCAGGUUCUUGUGCUCCACAGGGGAUAACUGCCAGAGACUGUCCGGCAUCAGCAGCUCAGUCUGCAGCUCGGCGUGGAUGGAGAGCCCCUGCUGUGAUGCUGCAGAACUCUAUCACUCCAAGAUCUGCUGGUUUAACUCGCUCUCGCAUGCUGCAGCCUCCUUGCCUUCAUAAGCGUGUGUCUCUCCCUGCACCCAAGCCAGGGGGCACUGCUGGCUUUGCUUCUCUGAGGCCAGGGUGUUCCUUAGGGCCUCCGGGAAACCCGACCAAGCAGCUGCCACCUCCAUCCAGAGGCCUUCCUUGCUUUAACGCUGGACCCCAGCUGCAUACUCCAAAAUUGUGCCGUACUUCCCUCCUUCAGCCUCUGAGAACGUCAGAGCCUAAAAGAGAUCCAUGGUACACCAGAUCCAGUUCCCUGGAGGAGCCAAACCAGCGGACACUCAAAGACCUUGGUUCAAUUAAGACCAUGAACCCGUUAAGUCGCUCAUGCCUCCCAAAGCCAAAGAUUCCCUAAGGAGCUUAAAUCUGCCCAUCAAAACUAAAAACUGGAAUCACUUUAUCUUCCUAGUCAUAAUGACAGUAGGAUUGUUUCAUCUAUUGAGUGUCAUAGAAACAAACAUGAGCUCACUACCCCUUUUGGACUAUUCAGCGAUUGCCUGUCAGUGACAUUGGUACUCUGAUGGCUGUACAGUAAUGUUUCUAAUUUGGCUGCCACAACUUGUACAUAUACUACAAUUUAUAAUUGAUAUAAAUGUAGUGUGUCACAGGAACGUAUCAUCCCAACAGCCCACAUUAAAUUAUGACAGUUUUCAGAUUGAGGGGAUUUUAUGGAUGACAAGUCCAGUUUAUUAGCUUUGCACAUGUACAUGAAUCCUGCAGAUGGAAGGAAAGAGUGUUACUGCUCAAAAUAAUAUAUAUAUUUUUUUUGUAACACUCAGGUGACUAAAGUCAGAUUUGAAAGUCUAAGAUUGCUCGUGCUCAGGCAGCUUUGCCCUCAGACACACAGGUGCAUUUGAUUUUAAAGAUGAUGUGAUUGUGACCUCUGCUGUGUAUACAGAGAGCCCAGGGGAAAAUGGAAGCAAAAACAAAGGUGAGAACGAAAAGGGGUAGAAAACAGUGAAAGUGAAAUGGCGGUGAGUCCAAAAAGCUAAUCUUCAAAGCACUCUGGUGCUUCGCACUUCCAGAAUGAAAAUAUGUGCAUGUGAUAAAGUGUGUGUGUCCAGGUGUGAAUGUAUGAAAGUAAGUGACAUGGUUUUGAAGAAAAGGGAAAACAGCUCCAUAGUUUAGAUUCACACAUUCUCAGCCAAGUUUACUACAAUGCUUACACGCUACAAAUUGCACAUAUUAGGUCAGCCACCUGUUAAAUAGUAAAACUUUAGGAUUACUUGGUGAAUUUUAAGAUAGAAAUAACUGAAGAGCAAAAGAAUGUAUAAUGAAAAAGGAAACGUAAAAAAAAAACAAAACAAACUUUUGAUAUCAGUCAUACAAUCCUUAUUAUAGACAAAUAAAAAGGAAAAAAGUUUUAAAUUUCAUUUAAAGAAGAUAUAAUAUAUCAAUAACUGCGUGUCUCAGUGUGUGUAGAAGGUAGAAACCCACAAAAUAAUACAAUUUCUUUCAUUUUUGUUCUUCAGAGAUGACAAAGUAUGGCUGAACAAGCCAUUUGUGACAUCUUCAGGGAACAAUGCUGCUAAUUGUGGCAACAUGG